AUGUCUACGUUGACUCCCUCUAAGCAGGAGGCCUUCGAGCACAUCGAGGGACCUCAUGCGCAUACUGUCGAAGAUUACAACCGUAAUAUCAAUGCCAGCUUCUGUGCCGAUCACGGACUGGAAGACAAAGAACUUAUUUUCCAGAAAGGUGCUCUUGUUGCGCAGUAUCCUCAAGACUUCGAAGACAUAGCCGAACUUGACGAAGAUGACAAGUACCAUCUCCGCCGGGAAGUCACUAGCAUGGGAGUCAAGAUCUCGACAAUCCCUAUCAUGACGUCCGAAACCGUUCCAGCUGUUAUUCGUGGUGGACUCGUGAUGAGUUUCCAGCUAUGGGUCGCGUUCGGCAUCUUAGUUGAGGUGCAGGCCGCCCGAGAUUUGUAUUAUGCCUACCGCCAGAUUGUUGAGGAAACUGAGGCUUUCGGUGGCACAACCUUCUUUCGCCGCGCCACCGAGUUGCUUACUGUUCCCCGUCUACGGCGUGCAACAAUAGGCGGCUGCAUUGCAAUGACCGCUCAGCAAUUCUCGGGCAUCAAUAUCAUGUCCUUCUAUUCGUCCACAAUCUUUUCUCAAGCCGGCUACACGACUUUGCAAUGCCUAUUAGCGUCUCUAGGAUUCGGCCUCGUCAAUGUAAGCUCGCCAGGCUCCAUCUUAAAGUGUUUCCCUGAUUGA